UUAGAUGGUGCAAAAUUCUCAAUUUAUAUUUUUGGUUUUUUUAAAAAAAUUUUUAGUGAUUGUUUCUAUAUAAAUUUUAAAGCGCAAAAUUCUUUGUGAAAUUAUUCGUAAGCGGUUUCAAGAUGCGUGAAAUAGUUCACUUGCAAGUCGGCCAAUGUGGCAAUCAAAUAGGUUCUAAGUUUUGGCAAGAGAUUUCACAAGAGCACGGUAUUGAUCCGAAUGGGGUGUACUGUGGUAAUAAGGACCUUCAGUUGGAGCGUGUUAAUGUGUAUUACACGCAGGGCCCCAGCGCAAACUAUGUGCCUCGUGCGGUGUUUGUAGAUCUGCAGCCAAGCACUCUGAAUUCAGUACGUUCCAGUGAGUAUGGCAAACUUUAUCGGCCCGAUAAUUUUAUUAGUGGUCAAGGUAGUGCAGGUAACAAUUGGGCCAAGGGUCACUAUUCUGAUGGGAUGAUGUUGUUAGAAUCUGUGUUCGAGGUAAUAAGAAAAGAAAUGGAAGACUGUGAUUGUCCACAGGGUUGUCAACUCGUUCACUCGUUAGGCGGUGGUACUGGUUCUGGUUUUGGUACUUUGCUAAUAUCUAAAUUACGCGAUGAAUACCCCAGACUUCUCUUACUAAACUUCUCUGUCUUUUCGGGAAACAAAGCAUCAGACAUUGUGGUACAACCAUAUAAUUGUGCUUUGGGAAUAAGUCAUAUGAUUGGUAAUACCGACCAAACAAUUUGCAUUGAUAAUGAUGCUUUAUAUAAUAUGUGCCAGCAGUCCAAACAUACUGAUUCACUGAUGUAUUUGGAUUUAAAUGAGUUGAUCUCAUCCACAAUGGCUGAUGUCACGACAUGCCUACGAUUUCCGGGAAAAAUGAGCAUAGAUCUAAGAAAACUUGCUGUGAACAUGGUACCAUUUCCACGUCUUCACUUUCUAAUACCUGGACAUAUUGCAAUAACGCCUGCCACUACCACAGAAAAUAUCCACACUGUAUCAAAUAUAAUAAGAGAAAUGUUUGAACCAAAAAAUAUGUUGACUACUUGUGACCUUAGAUAUGGACAUUAUUUGAGUAUUGCCGCUAUAUUUCGUGGUCGUGUUUCAUUAAAGGAAAUCGAUGACGAAAUGUUAAAUGUGCAAAAGAUGAAAAUGUUUCAAUUUGCCGAUUGGAUACCCAAUUAUUGCAAAACGGAUGUAUGUGAUAUACCACGCAGAGGUGAAGAAUUCUCUGCAACGUUUCUGGCAAACUCUACAUCCGUCCAUGAAACAUUUAAUCAAAUAAAAGCACAUUUUAGUGCUAUGUUUAAACGGAAAGCAUUUUUACAUUGGUACAUGGGAGAGGGCAUGGAACAGUUAGAUUUUAUUGAGGCCAGAAGUAAUCUGAAUGAUUUAAUUAGUGAAUAUCAAAAAUGUCAAGAAUUGGCAGCAGUAUAUGGUUCUGAACGUGACUUAGUCCAUGAGGCAUACGAGUGGUAUAAAUCAUUCAAAGAGGGUCGUGAAGUGAUCGAAGAUUUGCUUUGUUCUGGACGUCCAUCAACAUCAAAUACCGAAGAAAACAUGGCAAGAACCAAGAAUAUUGUGCUGGAAGAUCGUCAUAUGACUGAAAAGGAGAUUGCUCGUGACUUAAACAUAUCAAAUGGAUCCAUUCACCACAUUCUACAUUAUAUAUUGGGCAUGAGACGCGUUGCUGCUCGACUUGUACCGAAACGCAUCAUAACAGAUGAUGAGACAUGGGUUUAUGAGUAUGACGUCGAAACCAAUCAACAAUCGAGCGAAUGGCGCUCCGAAAACGAGUCAAAACCCAAAAAAUGUCGCAAAAGUCGCUCGAAAAUUAAAGUUAUGCUCACUGUUUUUUUCGACUACCGCGGUAUUGUUCAUUACGAACUUUUGCCAGAGGGUCAUACUAUCAAUAAAGAAUAUUACCUCGGCGUUAUGUGGCAUUUGCGUGAGUCUAUCCGUGCCGAAAUUCCUUUCUGCGAAAAAAUGUUUCCUUAUGAUUUGAUUGCCAAUCUAUUGGAUGGAGUAAAUAGAAUAGAUAAUGUGUGGGCAACUUUGGUUGUCAAGAAUGCCACAAAAGUAAAAAUGAAUGUAUAA